CCCGCAGUUGCUGCAGAAUCACGCCUUUUGUCCUUAAUACAUUUGGGUUUUUUUCAUUCUUUAGAAAAAAUAAGCAUUAAUCAUGAGCGCGAAAAACCUCUCCCAUCGGAGAACACAUAAUUUACUGUUGAUUUCGAAGCUCCUCAGUUUGCGAGACACGGCAUCUCCUCUCACCUUAUUGCUGGACUCUUUAGAACAACCCGCGACCCCAUUAAUAAGAGAAUAUAUCCGACGCGCAAAGCUCUCCAAAGUUCAUGUGACCUUUAUCGCCUUCCAAACUCUCAAGCGACCAGAUGGAGUUGGUGCUUUUGUUUCCGCCAGACGAAAACGCCCAGCAGAUAUUGCCAAGGAAGCCGUAGCAGCUUGUCCUACAUCACAUAGUGGGAGGAGACUAAUCAUCAUCGACUCGAUCAAUCCGCUCCUAAACACACUCGGUUCCGAGGGAACUUUCCACCUACCGAGCUUUCUGAACUCCUUUCUCACACCCGGAAUGGCCGAGACUUCGAUAUUAGUGACCUAUCACCAGGAUGUCCCCAAUAUUCAGAAUCCAAGAGCAUACACGCCCUCUGCGCUCUCAAUUCUGACUUACCUUGCAACGACAAUCAUCACACUACACUCCUUCUCGCACAUACUGGCCCACAAGGCUGCACGGGAUAGAAGUUUAGCCGCGCCCAGCUUUGGACUCGAAGAGGAACAGGACGGCGUACUUAUCGGCUACGCUGAUAAAGCAGCCGGCGGUGUCGUGCUUGAGAUGGAACAUCGACGUAAGAGUGGCCGCGGCGUGCUGGAGUGGUACUAUCUCCCUCCGGCAUCGCAAACCCGGUCGCAACAAGCAAGGGAGAUAGUGACGCUGCUCGACGACCAUCCUCUCUAUCGACCUCCUGUGGACCUUGAUGAGGGAACUGAGCAGGACGAACCAGAAUCGACUUUCGAAUUACGCUUGACGGAUCGACAGAGGCGUGAGAGAGAGGGUGUCGUCCUACCGUAUUUCGAUGCACAGAAUGGUGACGGCCCCGGAGAAGGGGGAAGGAUCCUCUACGAUAUGGGAGAGGAGGAUGAUUUCGAUGAGGAGGAAGACGAGAUGUAGAAUAUCAAAACAAUACUACAAGGCUAUCAUGGCGGUCUAAUGGGAUUACCCACUACUAAAAUCAUCGCCUUCUGAAGCAUGAGGGAUAUCUUGUUGAUACCAACCCUUGAGUGGCAUAUUAUGAAUAGGUGC